AUGGCCUUCGCCAAGGUGAUUACCCUGGAAAGCGUGCUGGCCAGUACCGACGAUGCCGGCAUCACCGUCGAGCAGGCGCUCGACGAGAUCGGCUAUGCCGGCUCCGCGCCGGUCGGCCGAACUUUCGAUUCCUAUCUCGAGCUGCACAUCGAGCAGGCGCCGGUUCUCGACCGCGAGGGUUGCGACGUCGGCAUCGUGGUCGGCGGCUACAAGACCCAGGCGCUGCGGCUCACGAUCAACGGCGACACCGGCCAUGCCGGCGGCACGCCGAUGGCGCAGCGCCGAAACGCGCUGGUCGGCGCGGGCUAUGUCAUCGCCGCGGUCAACGAUAUCGGCCUCGCCUAUGCCGCCGACGAGGGCCGCACCACGACGACGCGCAUCGAGAGCUUCCCCAAUCUCGCCGGCACCUACGCCGAGCAGGUGAAGCUCACCAUCGACUUCCGCCAUAUCGACGCCGACCGCUUCAAGGCCAUGCGCACCGAGGUCGAUGCGGCCAUCGUUGCCGCGGCGAAGAAGGCCAAUGUCGAGAUCGAGGUCGCCGAGGGCUGGAGCUGGGGCAGCGAACUGUUCGCGCCGGAAUGCAUCGAGCUCCUGAAGUCGACGGCGAAGGAACUCGGCCUUCCCUAUCGCGAGAUGCGCAGCCAGGCCGGCCACGACGCCUAUGCCGUGGCGACGAUGGCCCCGACGGCGAUGAUCUUCACGCCGUGCUUCGAGGGCAUCAGCCACAACGUCAACGAAGCCAUCGAACUCACGCGUUCGGUGCCCGGCGCCAAUCUUCUAUUGAACGCCGCCGUAACGCGCGCGAACCGGUAG